GCUUGCUCAAGCCCUUCAGCUAGUCUCUUAGUCGCUGCCUGCGCGAGACCUUUCGAUCUUUGUGAAAUUUAGAGCCAUGUUUCGCUUCUUGAUUGUGGCGCUGUCUCCCUUCGCUUCCGCCGUACGUGGCACCAUGAUGGACGCCGACAUCAAGACAGAGGACCUCUAUACUGCCCAUGCCUUCCAAAUGGUACGCCGCUACACGAAGUUGCAGAUGACGGAGGAGGAGGUGCAGCGUGUGUUGGACCAGCACGGUGACCUGAAAGAAGCUGUCGGCGCGCACCUUAACUUCACCGAGACCAGGCUUCCUGCCAGCUUGGUGCAGGGGGACCUGAAGUCGGCGCUCCUGGAGCGUGCGCGUGCUGCCUUGGGUGACAAAGGCAAGGCGCUGGAUGGCACGGUCCACGGCAAGACGCCGUGCAGGUGCUUCAUCGAGAAGAUCAAGAUCCUCGGCCAGAAAGUCCAGCUGGCAGACCUCGACCGCGAGCGCGUGGGCUAUUCGUGCGCUUCGAGCUGCAUGAACCGCUGCAGCGGCGACAGCAAGUACAAGAUGGACCCACACGAGGCUGGCAGGUCGCUUCGCUCCAGACGACGCAUGGGCUUUGCCACGCGGCAGGCGCGCGUUCUGGGCGCUGAUGGUGUGCACCAAGCCAUGAAGGUCGGCCAAUGCGAGGAUGGGGAGUGCAAGUGCCUGGACGCCACCCAGUCCGUCCAGCAAGUGCGAUGGGCCAACGAGAGAUUGCGCACCAGGC